AUGCAAUACGGUGAUCCUGCUGAUUUAAAGUCCAUCUUCGAGACGGUUAACGUCUACCAGCCACUUGUUCUUGACCCUGUUGUUCACUACAAAGUCGAAGUCGAGGACACGCACAGCUGGCUAAAUUUAACUGAAAUCAGGCCUAUUCGCGUGAUUCGACUACCGCGGAGGUCGCUCAAAAUGAGAUUUAUAUGUCAUUGUUUGGUCUGUUGCCUCACUCCGCUAAUUAUUCUUCUGCUUCUCUGUCUGGUCCUCAUAAGGGCCUCCGUGCUGACACAUCCGAACACCAUUGAAAUGCGAGCGAACAAACUUGCAGUGCACACAGUACAGGAUGGUAUCUUGAAUGCUUCCCACGGUCCUCUAUCGGAGUUGCCCAAAGCACUAUCUCCGCAAGAAUACACACCGCCACCACCAGCACCACAGCUGGAUGACAGCAUCACUGAUGUUUCCGUCAGCUUACAACGCACACCGACCCCAAGAAAGUUCCCCUCAGUUCCACCAUCGCCUUCUAGUACCCAUUUUGUAGACGAAAUCCCUUUGGAGAAACCGCAUGAGGAGUUGGAGAGCUUGUGCAGUUCGUAUGCAACUGCGACUGUUGAAAAUGACAGUACGAGAGUGUUUGUGAAGAAGUUAAAACCUCUCGAGGAGAUUGAGGUGGCUAUUAACGAGAUUAUUAAUUCCUUUAUCUCAACUCUGAAACACGACGAAGGCUGGCUUGGCUGGUUGUUAAAAAGGAUUCGCAAGGAACAGAAGCUGCGUGCAGGAAAACGAUGUCACACCGAUAUGUGUCUUUAUCGGAUUCCCUGCUAUCUCUCACAGAAGUUUCGGAGUGAAUCCGCUUACUUAAAAUCUGGUUUCAACAAAACGCCGCCGUUUUACGCCAGAAUUCGUAAAAAAAGAAGUGUGGAGACGAUAGAGAGAGUCAGAGAAACGGAGCCGGUAAAAGACGGACCCUUAUCUGCGUCAGCGUCGCCUGCCAUACUACCAAUACUGACAGAAUUUCUACCACAAACCUCAUCAGCCGAGCCUCUGGAGAGUACUGUUACGGAAGCGGCUCCAGCAGAACUACACGCUUCCGCAAAUAAGGCCAUGGGAGACCUAAAUAAAUCAAAGACCAUUGAAGGUGUCACCUCUGUAGCGCCGCCUGUGGAAGUGUGGGACUCCAGCUUGGUAAGAGAAAAUAAUAGUGGUGACGACGAUUUGGAUGAGACAAUGGACUCAGUCUCGGCUGCGGAUCUGGAUCCAACCUAUAGAGAGAAUAGCUUCGGAUCACCACUGGUCAACUGCACGGGUGUCUAUGCGGAGUAUUGCUAUAAUUCCAUCAGUUGCAUGUUUGUAAAGGUCUUGGAAGCAGCAGUGUGUUAGUAAGUUCGUAGAAACUGUUGCAUGUGCAAGUGUAACUAAACGUAGGUUAAUAUUGCAAUCGAGAGAUUAUUUUUUUGCCAAAAACACUUUGUAUUCACUUGAUGAAACAUUUAAAUGGCCUUCGUCCAUGUAGAUGAUAGGUAGCAAUAAUGGCAUUUCGUUGGAUUUGUAUUAAUCAUGUAGUAAAAGGUGUAAAUCACCUUAUGGCCACUUUUGCUUUGCUUGAAUAUUUUUAUCAAACAGCCGUAUUUUAGAUCUGACAAACUAUACAGGAACGAUGCGUCGAGAACAUCAGAUACCAAUAUUAAUCUUUCCUUUACAAAAGGAUAUACAGUGGAAAUAAAACAUCGUAGAGAGGAAACAAAUGCGAUAGUCUGUGUUAACCCGAACCUACAUACCAGUUAAAUCCCAAGUCACAGAAUUGAAAGUUUUGCCUGUAAAGGAAGACGGAACGGUUUGGGUUGUUUUUCCCUUCUUCCUUUAUUAUUUCACUUUUUGCCACAAGCAUAAACUGCCUUGUAACAUUCUAACUGCACAAUAAUUACCAAGUGUUGGUGGAGUUUCGUCCAUGUAAAAGGGAGAGGGAGCUCUUGCACUUUGGAAUCAAUGAAAUGAAGUUUUGUCAGUCUAUGGGUCUAAUCCUCACCCAUCAUUUUUGACUGACUGUAAAAGCUUGCACAUAAAUAAUUCACCCUCUACUUUUAUAAAUACUAAUUUCCUUUGAAAAUCUAGCCUACAUUUUUGUGGACAUUACAGCUGACAAAUGAUUGCGUUUUAUUAGCGAAAUCUCAAAUAGAAUCCAGGCUACAAACCAGGGGAUUUUGGACAGACCACUUACUAUGGUUAUUGAAGGAGGUUUUAAGCUUGUAGGAAUUUUAAAUUAUCAGGCUUCCCACCAAAAAUUCCUGUUUAUUCAGUCCAGUUCCGUAAUAUUGAUUCACUGGUCUAUAAGUGUCCCUUAACUACACGUUAGAAAUAAGGUAUUUGUCAAUAUUUCUGUCCUUAUAGCUGACAGAUUCGUAUAGCCGGCUGGUGCAUUAAAGAGGUGGGAGAGAUUAAAGUUGACACUGUAGGAUUCGUUCCCCUGGCAAGUCGCGCAAUUCUCACGAUACUGAGUCGGAAGCGUGUGUGUCUAUCACGAUGCGCUACGAGUCAUGGCUUGGAAAGUUAUCAAAUGGCGGGAUAACUCUACCCUCUUAGUCAAUAUUCUGUGUGUGUGUGCGCGUGUGCGCGUAUGGAGUGACUGACUCGAGGACUGAGAGUCAGGUUGUAAUGGCUCCUUCGUGAGGUUUCCUUUAUGGCACUCCAAAUGAUGUGAGAUCCGAGGUGCCAAUACGAAAGCCUGAUGCAUACGUUUAAGACUAGUUCAUGUGUGGCAGGUAGUGACGGGUCUUUUAACUUUCUCAAUCACUGCGCGCGAGCUCAUCUCCAGUUGGCCUGACUUUGUCUUGCCACUGGAUCCAGGGGGGGAGGAGGGAGCGCUGUAUAUGCUGCGCAACUCUGCAUUAAUAUGGACUAAUUUACUCGCAAGUCACUGUGCACAUUCGACACGAAGACAAAACGUGGCGUCACACUGUCCCGCAAUUUUUUGUCGCCACUUUCCAACAUGCGGGAAUUAAAAUCUCCAGCCACCAAAGUUACAUUCAGAUUGAGUGGACUAGGAAAUACACAUAUUUGCAGUGUGGUUUUGGAUAAGAAAGAAAAGAAAAUGAGGCACAGGUUUCGGCUUGCUGCUGACAGAACUUGGUCUUAUCAUUGAAGUGUGCAUUAUGUAAAUGCCAAAAGUGAAGGGGGUGCGGAGGUCGGGGCAAACAUUUUAUUCAUCAGACGUUCAGCAACCUCAUUCGAAAUUGUGAGCAGAGAAUGCAACAUACAAAGGGGAUGGACGCAUAAGGGGUGCAGUAUUUACAGGCUGCGGUUGCCAUACAACCACUACCUAUCUUAAUUAGUAGCUCCCACAUUCAUGUUCGCUUCUAUCAUGGCCGAUGGUCCUACUUAGUGAGAUGAUUGAAUGCUCGCCCGUAUGUGAAGUGUUAAUAGUCACGAUUUCAUCAGCAACGUUGAUUAUUGGUGCGCUGAUGACUUGCCAACUUGGUUCGCUGUUACUAUCAAUGGAAACGGUGUUUAUCCGCAAGCCCACCGUGUGGCCAACUGUUUUAUCCAAGCAGUCUCACCAUCGUUAUCUGUAGGCGUAUCUGAUGAUGAGUUAGACUGAGAUCAAAACCGUUGGUCAGUAAAGGAUGGGGCACAGGAAUAUGAACCUACUGCGUUAAAAUCUUGGGGAUUACGGUUGGGAUAUGGGAACAGGUACCGCUCUGGAAUUUAGCGCAUGGCCACCUGUGGUAUGGGAUAUCCAUAUUCCCGUGUCCGCCUAGUUAAUAGUCCUAUUCCAGCAUCCACAGCUCCUUUUCCUCUAAUGUCUCCUGGAACUUGCUUUUUGAUUGUUUUGCCUGUGGAAGUGCCUAUCAGGACGUGUUAAUUUUAUGGCAAAUAUAAUAAAAAACUUACGUAACUAAAAGACACAAAUCUAAAUUCGCUUCCUUGGAACUUACUCCAAAAUACUCUAGACAAAGCCCACGCACUAAUUUAGUACUUCAUUAGUUGAAAUUAAUCAACAAUCAUUUUGAAUUUCGGACGCAGAGGCAAUUGACAGAGCUCUGUUACCCUUAACUAACUCCUAAAAUCCUCAAAAUGUUAAAUGUCGUCUUUAAACUAUAUAGUUUUGGUAUGCGCAAGAUCUCAGAGUAGAAUUAAGCACUCUUCGGUUGGGAACUGAUAAAUCCGCUGUUUUUUCCUUGACAAUUUCCUGCACGGCGUGCCAUAGUUGACGUCCAUUGCCAGUCACUAAAUUUAACCGAAACAGUAUUAUAUCAACAAACGGACCAGGUUUAAUCCCAUUUAUAAUUGCAAAAAGCAUUGUAUCAAAUUACUCAUUCAGACUAAUGUGUAAUCUAGGCAAAAGGGUUUCUAGGUACCGCAUCAAACAUACUCCGCGCCAUAUUAGCAAUUAGUGCGCGUACAUUCUAUUGGUUUUCCCGGAAAGUGAACAUACUGCCAGCCUGAGAUCCCAUCGGAGCGACACCUUAUUUAUAAGCAUGCAAUUGAUAUUGUAUUCUUAGUGGGACGGACAUUAAUUGUCUGCCCUCCAAAGUACUGAUCGAAUGUAUAAGAACCUCUCCUGCUUCACCAUUAAAAUUUUCAACAAAAUAAAUAAUUUUCGCGACACCUGCUUGUCCUUUUUCUCGUUACAGCACAACUUCUAGCCAAACAUUAUCAGCAUUAUAAAGCAUCCAGAUGCAUGCGAAGUUUCCUGUGCUCAGAUCUCUACUAUGUUUUCCAAACGCGCUGCAUAAAAUAGCUCCAUAUGUCCCGUCAUUAAUCCUUCCAUUUGCCUAGCUGUAAACCCGGCUAUACAGGCGUGCGAUGCGACCUGUACAACCUUCCACAAACUCUCGACACACUGAGUCAGUUUCAGGAUGGCACCGUAGACAUCGACCGCCUCAACCCGGGCGAUUCGGCGAAACUGUAUAGUGUUCUCGAGGCGACUGCGUAAGUUAUGUUUCAGCUCUCUUUUGCUUAUACCCGACGCAAACUUGAUCAUCAUGUGUUAUUGAGUUUUACUUCACGUCGUUGGACAACCCGAGAAGGGGUUUUGACUCAAAGCUGAAAGCACUUUUUCGACAAAGAUUUAGAUACUUGAUGAAUGGGUGAAAGGUUAGUUGACACGUGAUCAAAAAGCCUCCUACUUUGAAAGGCCUUUUGUGUACAGAUUAUUCAGUUCAUGUAAAUAAAAAUUCUUGUAUUAUAUAGUAUAAUUUUACUCAGCCCUAUCUUCUCACCUAUUUUUUCGACGCUUUGAUGUCAAACAACACGUGCAGUUUGCUUAAAAAUAAAACGUGGAGUUAGGGCUAUUCAAUACGUUGUGGAAAAUCGUAGCCUUUCAUAUUUCGGUACCGCAAGAGUCAUUAAACGCAGAUUUUAUUUAAAUUUAAGUUCCGUAGGCAACUUUACAAUCUGUGGAUCUAUCACGUUUCCUUCUGUAGUAAACUGCCUCUGCACGGUGUUUAUACAAGAUAUCCAAAAGCGACGAUUAAUCACUUUUUUCUAUUUAGUCUAUCUAAGGUUCAAGCAAAUGGUUGCCUCGAUCACAAAUGCUUCACAUUAUUGUCUUGUCAGGCGAUACACUUACAAUGCCAUCGUCGAGGAGGAACGGUCGUUAUUUAGAAAGCCAACCUACUUUGAGCACAGAAAUUGA